GAAAGGUUGACCUGAGAAAACGUCAGACUCAAGACAAACAGCCUUGCGUAAAUAGUUGAGGAGUUUAGGUAUAGAAUAAAGGGAAAACAAGACGUCGUAACGGAAUUUGGCGACUUCUGUUGACUUUGGGAAAGGCCUGAGGUGGAUGUCUGUGGAGAAGGAACCAGCUCUGAGCUCCUGAACCCUCAUCUGACACAAAUACAAAGACACACAGCCUCAGGGGCCGUCAGUGUCGGAGUUUCCACCGAGCGGAACAGUGUGCUCUCCUCUGUCCGCCUCCAUCCUCUCUCCACCCGGUGACAGGAGCAAGUGUGUCAACGCGCGUGUGUGUGUGUGAGUAAGUGUGUGUGUGUGUGUGUGUGCGCGCCUGGAGUGGCCAUCUACCUCUGCUGUCGCGUCUGAAAACCUCAGGGACCCCCUUCCUGUCCUCUCUCUCCCCUGCCCGCCGUGCCCAUCCCUCCCCCCUCUUCCCGGGCAUUUUGGCUGGCGCGGUGGGAUGCUGCGACCGUGGCGAUCCAUCGAUCGCCGUGCCCCCUCGCCGCCGUUGGCACGGCUGUGCCGUCUGCUGCUGCUGCUGGCGCUCGCGCUGGCCUCUCUGCCGGGCACCUCGGAGGCCAACUCGUUGGACAGCAUGCUGCUGAGCUCCAGGAAGGUGAAGUCGGACUCGGGGAAGGAGGAGAGCGGGAGUCCGGUGCCCAUCGCCCCCGAGAGGGUCCUGUGGUGCCACUGCUACCACCACUGUCCAGAGGACGCCAUCAACAACACCUGCAGGACUGAUGGGUUCUGCUUCACCAUGGUGGAGGAAGAGGAUGGAGGCCAACCUGUUCAUACAUCAGGCUGUCUGGGCCUCGUGGGUUCUGAGUUCCAGUGCAGGGAUACAGGGAAUUCUCGUCGAAGGAGGAUUCUGGAAUGUUGCACAGAUCAGGAUUUCUGCAACAGAGACCUCCACCCUACACUACCUCCUCUUAACACAACUGAUUAUGGGGACAGUAGUGUCCACUACAUGGCCCUGCUCAUCUCCAUCACAGCCUGUUGCUUUGUCCUGGGCCUCAUCCUGCUCAUCUGUUACUGCAGGUACAAACGUCAGGAGUCGCGGCCACGCUACAGCAUCGGUCUGGAGCAGGACGACAGCUUUAUCCCUCCUGGCGACUCUCUGAGGGACCUGAUCGAGCAGUCUCAGAGCUCGGGCAGUGGCUCUGGACUCCCCCUACUGGUCCAGCGCACCAUUGCCAAGCAGAUCCAGAUGGUGAAGCAGAUCGGUAAGGGGCGCUAUGGCGAGGUGUGGAUGGGCCGCUGGAGGGGCGAGCGCGUGGCCGUCAAAGUCUUCUUCACCACCGAGGAGGCCAGCUGGUUCAGAGAGACCGAGAUCUACCAGACGGUGCUGAUGAGGCACGAGAACAUACUGGGCUUCAUCGCGGCGGACAUCAAGGGCACGGGCUCGUGGACGCAGCUCUACCUGAUCACCGACUACCACGAGAACGGCUCGCUCUACGACUACCUGAAGUCCACCACGCUGGACACCAAGGCGCUGCUGCGGCUGGCCUACUCGUCCGUGUCGGGCCUGUGCCACCUGCACACCGAGAUCUUCGGCACGCAGGGCAAGCCGGCCAUCGCCCACCGCGACCUCAAGAGCAAGAACAUCCUGGUCAAGAAGAACGGCACCUGCUGCAUCGCCGACCUGGGGCUCGCCGUCAAGUUCAUCAGCGACACCAACGAGGUGGACAUCCCGCCCAACACCCGGGUGGGCACCAAGCGCUACAUGGCCCCCGAGGUGCUGGACGAGAGUCUGAACCGCAACCACUUCCAGUCCUACAUCAUGGCCGACAUGUACAGCUUCGGCCUCAUCCUCUGGGAGAUGGUGCGGCGAUGUGUGUCGGGGGGUAUCGUGGAGGAGUACCAGCUGCCCUACCACGACCUGGUGCCGGGCGACCCGUCCUACGAGGACAUGCGGCAGGUGGUGUGCAUCAAGAGACAGAGGCCCUCCUUCGCCAACCGCUGGAGCAGUGACGAGUGUCUGAGGCAGAUGGGGAAGCUGAUGAUGGAGAGCUGGGCCCAUAACCCCGCCUCCCGCCUCACCGCCCUCCGCGUCAAGAAGACGCUGGCCAAGAUGUCCGAGUCACAAGACAUCAAGCUCUGAGACUCAGCGUGGGUUGAGCUCCGUUGGGGGGGACAGUUCGGGGGGGAUAGGAGGUGGAUCCCUCAAAGAGGGCUGAAGGGUAACCCCUGACCUCUGAACUUUAACCCUCCUAACUCCUGGUGCUGUAGUUUUUUUCUGCGUCCGAAAGCGGAAGAGGCCCAGAGGAGGAGGUGGAACGAGCCUGUGAAGACGGUGACGCAGCAGCCCCCCUGCUUUCUGUGAAAGCUCCCCGAGACUGAAUGGACCCCAUUUAAAAGGUGUGUGACUGUGGCAGGAGAGCGCCCUCUAGUGGCGCGGAAGACUCCCUCCCCUCCAAUUAACGUCCACAACGCCAAACCGCAGAGACAGAUGAAGGAGGCGAAGAGGCAGCUCUCGUAGUCUUGGAAAGCCAUAUAUUUGUUCUAAUGGGCAUUGCUCCGUCCAUACUCCGUCCACCCUACGCUGGGAUGGUGGACAUUAGAGACGUUAUAGAGUCUGUUUGUGAGGCACGGCAGAUGAAGUAUUUCACGCAGUGGGGGGGAAAACAACCACUGCAUCUAUGUAAGCUUUGGACUCUAUAUGCUAAAUGGUACAACCACAGUUCACAGGACUGGGGAACUCAACAAGUUCAAGAAGAGUUUGUAAAAAAUAUCAGGUCUGUUUAUUUAAAUGAUGACUUCAGAGAAGCAUGGAAUGAGAGGUCCUAAUAUAGAAAUGAAUUGCGUAAAUGCCGUCACCACCGAGAGAUCUGAUAUUGCGUCCGCAUAGCAUUUUUAGUUGGCACUUCCAGCAGCAUCAGUAUUACCCAGUAUUACCCAGAAUGCACUGGCACUCUGGGCAUCACCUGGCACUCAGGCAGGCUGCCCCCUGGAGCGGAUCUGACCCAGCUCUGUGCCAGAUCCAAGCCGAUUCCGGCCCACAGUCAGCAGCUCUUCGGGUGGUAUGACUGAGGAAUGGAUAUCCUUGCAUCCAUCCACAUGAAUAUAAUAAAUAUCAGUCUGACGUACAUGGAUAUCAAUGGAUUCGUAAGGAAGCUACCAAGUGUUUUCUUGUGUGAAGCUUUUGUUGUUUGUUGUACAGGAUGUUUUGCCAAUCUAUCCGGGUUUGGCCUGUGCCUUAUUUAACACUUUAGUCAAUGUAUGUUUAAUUAUGUCUAUGUAACAUAUGGCUGUACAGAACGGUGAUGCUCCGGAAGGUUCUAUUGUGUGCAUCAGGGUCCCAAAUAAAAGAUG